UUCUACUCAAGGCACCCGACUGAUGUACUGCUGUUCACGAUCCAACAUGGCGUCCUUUGUGUCGUAUGCUUCAGUUUUCGCGUGGAGUUUUCUUCUGUUGUUUGCCGUUUCGUCGCUGGCUGGCGCCGAUGAAGCUUGCUACAGCUACGGAGGGGGACAUGUUUACCCUGGGGAGGGUUUGAGAUCGUCUGAACACGCUGUGCACUGGAGCAAAGUGCAAAUUUCCAAGCCAGCUCCAUCUUUUGAAGGCACAGCUGUUGACAACGGUGAAUUCAAGGAGUUGAAGUUGACCGACUACAAAGGCAAAUAUCUGGUCUUGGUCUUCUACCCUCUGGAUUUCACUUUUGUCUGUCCCACUGAGAUCAUUGCUUUCAGCGACCGGAUCAGCGAGUUUAAAGACAUCAACACGGAGGUGGUGGCAAUAUCUGUUGACUCCCAGUUCACCCACUUGGCAUGGAUAAACACCCCAAGGAAACAGGGCGGACUUGGACCAAUCGCAAUCCCCCUUUUAUCUGACUUGACACACCAGAUAUCUAAGGAUUACGGCGUUCUAUUGGAGGAUUUAGGCCAUACGCUCAGGGGCUUGUUUAUUAUAGAUGACAAAGGGGUUUUACGCCAGAUUACCAUGAACGAUUUGCCGGUCGGCCGAUCGGUUGACGAAACGCUACGGUUGGUGCAGGCGUUCCAGUACACGGACAAAAACGGUGAAGUGUGUCCUGCCGGCUGGAAGCCAGGCAGUGCCACGAUCAUUCCCAAUCCAGAGGAUAAACUCAAGUAUUUCAGCAAACAGAAUGACCAAUAGUUGCUUCAGGACUUCAACCCACUGGAAGGGGCACAGCCAUUUAUGUUGAUGAGCUAGACUUGCUACAAGUACAAGUCUAGCUGAAGUCUUUGGUUCUUUUUUAUGAUUUGGGGAUUCGUUUUGAAAAAAAAAAACAUCUUUUUUCAUUUCAUUUUGUAGCAUGCAAAAAACUUUUAUUCUAAAAAUAUCAAAUUCAUUGGUGUUGUAGUAAAACAAAACAAACCCCAAAAAACUUGAAAAGCUUUUGAGAGAUUUAUGGUAUGUUUUCCAUUUGCCAUUGGACAUAAUUUAGUCGUUUUAAGCUUUGUACCAGUAUUGUAAGAAUCGUUGUUGAAUUUGAGGUUUUCUUUCUUUGCCUGUACAUGUAACUUGGGUUUUGCAAGAGUGUUUAUUUUGCUUGCUUGGAAUUUCAUGGUCUCGGAAACUUGACUUCACACUUGUAUAAUUACACUUAGUGUAGAUAAAAUUGAACAAAUCAUUGUGAUUUUCAUGUUAUUUUGAUUGUUUAUUCAAUUACAUUUUGAGCUUAUGAAGUACUUUUUCCUUUCAUAUCUGAAGUUUAAAUUUUGAUAUUUUUUCGUUGUGAGUUAAAUAUUUGUAGUUGUAUUUGGUCGUAGUGGUGAAAUUUUUGGAACUCUGGUAGAGGACAGACUACAUGUACUUUUUUUUUGUCUGUCUGAAGUUUUCCUUUUUUUCUGAUUAAAGUACUUUUGGUGUUGGUCUUAUUCUAUUGCAUUACCCAUAUCGGUAAGAUCUGCUAAAUGCUGGAGUUAGAAUUCGAACGAACGGCCAACUUUCUGUGAAAAAGAAAUGACGUCAUGAUCACAGGAAAAAAAAUAAUGUCAUCCACUGAAAUCGGCAUUCACUCCUUUAAACAGGUCAUAAAGGGCUUGACCAAAUAUAACAAAGUCCAUACGGAAGGUAUCUAUCAUAAUUGUUGACUUGCUCCAACAAAAUGAUUAUUAAGUAAAACUUACAGACUCCGGUAUUUCUUCAUGUAUUUGAAAUACAAAUUAUUUCUGUGAAUCGAUGUUCCGGUGGGAAUGUUAGUUGCUAAAUAAGGAAAUAUUCAGACUAAAAAGUGACAAUUUUUACUUAAUUUCAAUGGCACAUUUCAUGCCAAAGGUCGGACAUUCAAAACCGGCUAUGGUCGACUUUGGCCUCGUUUUGUUGGAUCAAGUUGCAGUCUGUGCUGAGCCAAGCCUAUCGUCUACAGUAUUUACUUUUAGGGUUGAAAGUUCACUGUGUUUGGAACGCUGGUAAUAAUAUGGUACAUCAAAUGAACUGGUGAUAAAAUUGAGCAUUUUAAGAGUUCUUUUUCGUGUGUCAGUCACAUAAAAGGCAAUAUAUUCAACAUUUCCUAUAAAUCUGUAGCGUGCAUGUAUGCAAGAAUAUUUCUGAUGCAAGCAAUAAACGUACUUAAAACCUUGCAAUUUUCAUUCA